AAAGUGGCCACAUUGUAGCGGCGGCGGCGGAGAUGGCGCAGCUCCGCCUGACCCGCUUCUUCCCGCAGAGCAAGGCCGGGCCGGGGCAGCCGCGGGGCGCCAAGCGGCGGAAAGGGGCGGCGGGGGAGCCGGGACUGGAGCCGGGCGCCGACCGGGCCAGCCCCGAGCAGAAGCCGCCGCUGGUUCCGCCGGGGACUCCGCUCGGCUCCGGACCCCCGCCGGCCGGGCCGCGCAGCAGGAAGAGGCGCCGCUCGGAGCCCGAGCUGGAAGCGGAGCGAGGCCCCGCCGCCCCGCAUCGCCGCCCGCCCGAAGGGGGCGCCAGGAAGAGGCUCCUGAUGGCCGAGGAGGAAGAAGAGGGGCCGCCGGCGGGCUCUGCUUGCCCCACGGUGUCCACCGCAGCUCUGGGGUCUCCCAGCCCCUCCUCCCUGGAUAAGGAAGCAAAGGAGCUGGUGAACGAGAUGCUCUCGCCUGGCUUGAAGUUGGGGGGCACCUCGGUGGCCGUGGCCAGUCCGGAGGAGAAGGAUGCACCCCAAAAGCAGCUCCUGGAGUUGAGGGGCCGCCUGGGCAAGAUCCACAGCCUGGUGCAGAAGAUCAAGGGCGGAGCUGCCAACCUAGAAUCCAGCGGUGACCUAAAGAGCCGAUUGAAACGGGCCCGGUUGCUGGAAUCCCAGAUUCGCCAGAGGAAACUCUCCCCAAAAGAGGAAAGGAAGGAGCCGGAAUCCACCGCAGAGACCAGUGAGAAGGUGCCAGCCUACCAGCGCUUCCACACCCUCGCGGAAGACGUGCCCCCCGGCCUGCUCCUGCCCUAUAAGUACAAAGUGCUGGCCGAGAUGUUCCGCAGCACAGACACCCUCGUGGCCAUGAUGUUCAACCGCCUGGAAGCGGUCACCUUUGCCAAGGUCAAGAAAGGCGUGCAGGAGAUGACCCGCAAGCGCUUUGAGGAACGACACCUGGGACAGAUAAAGGCGGUGUACCCAGGCUCUUACGUUCUGCGCCAAGAGAGAAACAUCCCUUCCUUCGGUGGACCGGGCAAGCCAGGCAGCUACCAGCUGACUAUCGAACCAGGGCUGGGAACAGGGGAGAAGUUGACCGCAUCCCGGCUGAUGGAACGCCGGAGCAUCUUCUCCAAGAACUUGACGGCCAGGGUCAAGGAGCACCACAAGGCGUUCCUGGCUUCUCUGGACCCUCCGAUGGUGAUAGCGGAGGACAAGUUGACCCGCUGGCACCCUCACUUCCGGGUAGACGAAGUGCCUGACGUCGUGCCCGCUGAGCUGCCCCAGCCUCCCCACGUGGACAAGGUCACCACCGCGCAGGAGGUUCUGGCUAAGGCACAAGGCAUGCUGACGCCCAAGAUGGAAAAGGCGCUAGCCAACCUGGUGCUAAGGACGGCAGACAGCAGCCCCUCCAGCCCGGAACCCCCUCGCCUGGCUCUGCCCGGAACCCCCAACAGCCUGAAAGGCGUCUCACAGUCCUUAGUAGAAAGGGUCAGGGCCAAGGAGGCUCAGAAGCUGCAGGCGCUGAUGACCCGGAACCCCCAGCAGGAGCAGCGCCUGGCCAUGCUGGCCCGCCUGCCGGAGAUGGCCCGUCUCCUGCGCAACGUCUUCGUGGCCGAGAAGAAGCAAGCCCUCUCCAUGGAGGUGGCAUGCCAGCGGAUGAUAGACAGCUACCAGGCGCUCAUGCCCACGGGGGAGAUGGAGAAACACCUCCGCCUCUUCGCAGAGCUCCUGCCGGAUUGGGUGCGCGUCCUUGCCAUUCGCCAGGAGAAUUACCUGAAGCUGGACAAAGCCAUGGAUCUCAAUAUCAUAACCGAGAGGCUAAAGGCGAGAAAGCGGGAAGAGGAGAAACUCUGAUUUUUUUUUUUGGGGGGGGGGGGGGAGAUGGCCAGAAAACGGACUUCCGGGGGGAAGCAACACCUUUGUCGCCUUUGUUCUAGAUCAGUGUUUCUCAACCUUGGCAACUUGAAGAUAUCCGGACUUUAACUCCCAGAAUUCCGGAGUUGAAGUCCGGACAUCUUCAAGUUGCCAAGGUUGAGAAACACUGAUCUAGAUGGAAAUAGGAGUGGAUUUUUCUCUCCAAUGGAAAACCCACAAGCUUUUUGGCAGAGCCAAGAAGGGGGGGGGGAGGCAUCGUUACAUGAUUCAACAAACCACCUUUUUAAAGGCACAAAACAUUUUUGUCUCUUGGCCAGUUUGGAGAAAGUAUGGCUGCUUUUCCAGGAAGGGAGGGGGGGAAGGGAGGCUGGAAUCCCACAUCCUGUCCAUGAGUCAAAGAGGAAUGCUCUAUUUUUUUUUCUUUUAAAGAAAGGCUUGUUCUGUCUUGAAAUGUGAUUUGCAUACGAAACUUGGCAUUAAACUCCACUUAUACUUGAAGCUGGACAAGCUCAUCUCUUACCACCCCUUCUUCCUAAGCCCAAGGCUGGUUCCGAAGCACAAACCCUUCUAAAUCGCAGACCCCCCCCCCCCCCCUUGAGCAGUUCCACUGAGGCUUUUGGCCCCCUGGCACGCCAGACCCCUGAAGAGACGACCGGGUGACCCACAGGGCCUCAAGAAACCCCACCAGGGCCAGGGACAAGAGCAGCGUGUCUUUAAUAGGAAAUAGUUUUACAGAAGUGUUUCUUCUUUCUACUGAUUUCUGGUGUAGCAAAAUAAAGAGCCUUCUAGUCACAAAACGUAACUCUCCCCUUGCAGGGCAGAAAGCACAUCCUUGCCUAGUGAGGAAUGCGAACUAUGCAGACGGACAUGUUCAGCCUCUGGGAUUAAGAGUGAAUUGAAACGGAUUUACGGUUGGGUUGCUUCAGACCCACCCAGCAAAAGGGACUUUCUGGAGGCAGUGGGGGGGGGGGGGCAUCUUAUUUCCCUCUAGCUUCUGGAAGGGAACAUGAACGCAUUGGAGAUGAACACCACAUCAUCCUUCCUGGGAACAGACCCACACAUG